CCAAAGAUACCAACCAGCUAACAAGUUCCAUCACCAGCAAGUUAUGGCGUUGGUCGUUUACUGGUACGAUUUCAUCUGCUUUGGUAUAGUCUUGGCUGCAAUCGUUGCGUCCUUGUGGUAUCUGUUGCGCAGAGAAAGAGGCAGCAUAGACGAUGACGAUACGGCGCAGAGUAGCUUCUUACCGUCUAGAGCAAGGUCAGAGAGCCUUGGUUUGGCUCGGUUAUGGACGAGCUGCUGGAGAGGGUUACAUCCUGGCUGGCUUCUCUUCACGCGUUCCUUAUCUUUUCUCUCCAUGGCUGCUUUAUUGGCUUGGGACGUCUUGAAGUGGGACGCAAGCAUCUUCGUCUAUUACACAGAAUGGACCUUUAUGCUUGUAAUGAUCUACUUUGCGAUGGGGAUAGCAGCUUCAUUAUAUGGUUGCUUGGAAUAUUCCAAAGAGCCAACAUUGGGAGCUAGUGAAGAUACGGUUGUAAACAUGAUCGGAGAUCAAGACUUCAGGGAAAGAUUAAGGAUUUAUGGUUGCUUCAUGGAGACAAUUUUUCAGACAAGUGCAGGAGCUGUAGUGCUCACGGACGUUGUGUUUUGGCUAGUUAUAGUUCCAUUCAUCUCAAACACCCACCUCGGCUUAAACACGUUGAUGAUUUGCAUGCAUACGGCGAAUGUAGGCUUCCUCAUCCUCGACACACUACUCAAUAGCAUUUUCUUGUUUCGGCCGUUCCCUUGGUCUCGAAUGGGAUAUUUUGUGCUAUGGAGUUGUUUCUACAUUGUCUUCCAAUGGAUCAUCCACGCAUGUGGUUUCUUAACUUGGUGGCCAUAUCCGUUCCUAGAGCUUGAUAGGCCAUGGGCUCCACUAUGGUACUUAGGCAUGGCAGUAGUUCACGUCCCCUGUUACGGAGCUUAUGCUGCAAUCGUAACAGUCAAGAACUCAUGCUUCCCCUAUCUAUUCCCGAAUGAUUUUUGCUAAACCUCUAAUCUCAUGUACUAAUCUACGAUUGUGUAAUUAAGGUUUUUAUCGUAUGAUUAAGGAAGAGGCACUAACGAAUAACAAAAGCAUAAUAUC